AUGGGCAGCAUUCACAGCCGUCAGGGAAGCUACGGAUCAACUGACGGAGACCAAGAUCUUCGUGCCCAUCUGUUCGACUCGACAGUCCUUCCAGCGCUCUGUUACGCAGCGGAGACGUGGGCAGACACCGCGGCCACGUCAAGGAAGCUACUUACUACCCACAGAGCCCUUGAGAGAUGUCUCCUGAAGUUUAACCGGCGCACACAACACCUAGCCGGUUUUCGUAGCUCCGACUUAAGAGGAAUGUCCCGUCUUCGCGACCCAGCGGAAUAA